ACAAUUGAAACCAUCCUGACCAACAGCGCCACCGUGUGGUGUGCCAGCUGCACAGCCGCUGAGCGACAAGACCUGCAUCGUGUGGUGAAGGCAGCCCAGCGAAUUGUCAGGAUGGAGCUCCCAGGACUGGACACCAUCUAUUCCAGCAGACUCAGGAGGAAAGCAAUCAGCAUAACCAGAGACACCGCACACCCCGGCCACUCCCUGUUUGACCCACUUUCAUCCAGAAAAAGGUUCAGGACACUAAAAGCCAGAACAAAUAGACUGAGGAACAGGUUCUACCCCAGAGCUGUGGCCUCCAUCACAUCACUUCCACAGAACGACGACUGAAACUGUGAGCACACACAAGGACUCAAAUACUUGCACUAACAGCACUUUGUGCAUUACUGUGAUAUUCUGGUGCUGCUGAAACUUAUUUUCUGCUACUUAUCUAUUUAAUAUUGUUUUUCUAUUACUGUCUUGUUUUUAUCUACCACUUUAUUUAAUUGCCUGAGAGGAAGCUAAACAGAGUUUCAUUGUAUCUAUGUAUAAUGACAAUAAUGAUAUUCAUUCAUUUGUUCAUUCAUUCAAAAUGAUUCUUUCGUGUCAAACUGAAAACAGAUUUCUCUAAAGUGACCUAAAUUAAUUACAACUAUAAAAGACAAAAUAAUUGAUUGCAUAAAUAUUCAACCCCCCCCCCUUAAUAUGACACACAAAAUUAUCAAUGGUGCAGACAAUUGGUUUUAGAAGUCACAUAAUUAGUUAAAUUAAGAUCUGUUUUUGGAGUCGUGUGCAGUCAAGGAGUUUCAAUUGAUUGUAGUAAAGAUACACCUGUAUCUGGAAAGUCUAUUUGCUGGUGAGUCAGUAUCCUGACAAAAACUACACCAUGAGGACAAAAGAACACUCCAAGCAACUCUGUGAAAAGGUUAUUGAAAAGCACAAGUCAGGAGAUGGAUACAAGAAAAUUUCCAAGUCACUGAAUAUAUUUUGAAGUACAAUUAAAUCAAUCAUCAUGAAAUGUGAAGAAUAUAGGACAGCUGUAAAUCUGCCUAGAGCAGACCAUCAUCAAACACUGAUUGACCGUCAAAAGAGGGGACUACAGUAGUGAGGGAGGCCACCAAGAGAUCUAUGACAGCUCUGGAGGAGUUACAAGAUUCAGUGGCUGAGAUGGGAGAGACUGUGCAUACAACUGUUGCCCGGGUGCUUCACCUGUUGUAGCUUUAUGGGAGAGUGGCACUGUUGAAAAAAACUCACAUGGAAUCUCAGCUAAAUUUUACCAGAAGACAUGUGGGAGACUCUGAAAUCAGCUGGAAGAAGGUUCUAUGGUCUGAUGAAAUCAAAAUUGAGCUUUUUGACCAUCAGACUAAAUGCUAUGUUUGGCAUAAGCCAAACACCACACAUCAUCAAAAAUACACCAUCCCUACCGUGAAGCAUGGUGGUGGCGGCACCAUGCUGUGGGGAUGCUUCACUGCAGCAGGCCCAGGAAGACUUGUUAAGGUAGAGGGUAAAAUGAAUGCAAAGUACAGAGAAAUCCUGGAGGAAAACCUGACUCAGUCUGCAAGAGAACUGUGACUUGUGAGAAGUUUUGUUUUCCAGCAAGACAAUGACCCCAAGUAUAAAGCCAAAGCUACACAGGAAUGGUUUAAAAACAACAGUUAAUUCCCAAGUCAGAGACCAGACCUCAAUCCAAUUGAGAAUUUGUGGCUGGACUUGAAAAGUGCUGUUCAUUCACGAUCUUCAUGCAACCUGACAGAGCCUGAGGAGUUCUGUAAAGAAGAAUGGGGAAAAGUUGCAGUGUCCAGAUGUGCAAAGCUGAUAGAGACCUGUCCACACAGACUCUAUGAUGUAAUUGCUGCCAAAGGUGCAUCUACUAAAUACUGACUCGAAGGGGGUGAAUACUUGUGCAAUCAAUUAUUUUGUGCUUUAUAUUUGUAAUUUAUUUAGAUAACUUUGUAGAGAUCAGUUCUCACUUUGACACGGAAGUCUUUUCCUAUUGAUCACUGUCAAAAAAACCAAAUUAAAUCCACUGCAAUUCAGUGCUGUAAAACAAUAAAACAUGAAAACCUCCAAGGGUGGGGGGUGGUGAGUACUUUUUAUAGACACUGUAACAUAAUAAUUACAUUUCUGGUCAAUAGUAACUCCAGGAAUAUUGAUGGGGUGACCUGUAUUGUGGUUGACUGCAGAUUACUAUGGCAUUCAUGGAAUCAGUGUCUGGACUAUAUAAUUAUUUUUGCAUGGUUGUAUUUUACUGAUAUCCUAUUUGUGCGUGGACUAAGCCUCCAGAUGCAGUGUUGCCUGUAUACAGCCACCAGAAGAGAGGCGUCAGAGCCAGACUUCCACUGGGGCAGUGUGGCGUGCUGUCCAGGCUGGACUUAGUGCUGCCCCUCCUCCAGUAUCUGCUCAGCAGAAAAUAAGCUGUAUUGUGGUCAACUGACAAUUUCUGCGGCAUUCAUGGCUCAGGUUUGGACUUCCUUAUGCGUGGCUGUAUCUUACCGAUAUCUUUAUGUGCUUGCUAUCUUGAAUGUGUGAUGUGUGCUUUGUGCUGUGUGUGACUGUUAGUACUGUGUUUUACACCUUGGUCCUGGAGUGAUGUUGUAUUUAUGGGUACUCAUGUAUGGCUAAAUGACAAUUGCACAGCAGUGUCUAUUGGCCAGACAGCUCACACGGUGGAAACACGCAUCCAGGAGGACAGGAGGUGUAUCCGUAUGGGUUACCCGGAGAAUUCGGCGGUAGCAGAACAUUCCAUUCACAAUGGCCAUUGGAUUGACUUCAAAGAAAAAGAAGAGUGCGAGCCUGAAAUAAGAAUAGUCAAUGGAAAACCAAAGAAAGUUCGAAAGCCCCGAACAAUUUACUCCAGCUUUCAACUGGCAGCUUUGCAAAGGCGGUUCCAGAAGACCCAGUAUUUGGCUUUGCCGGAAAGGGCCGAGCUGGCUGCGUCCAUGGGCCUUACACAGACUCAGGUAAAAAUUUGGUUUCAGAACCGCCGAUCUAAAUUCAAGAAAAUGUGGAAAAAUGCAGAAAUGCCCAAAGAACAGAAUCCCGGUGCCAGGGAAUCUCCGCCUUGCAGUUCUCCGCCAUCCUCGGUAGCAUGGGACCAUUCUCCACACCAGAGAAUUAACUGCACACAGAACAGCCCGGCCGCGGCCUUCUUAGGAAACUACUCCUGGUAUCCGGGUUCAAGUAGUGCUUCACAUUUUCAAUCAACCCCGAUUCUUCAGCACCAGUCUUCUGUAAGCGCAGGGACAAUGUACUGACCCGACGAUACCGUACCAUAUAUCGUCUGGUUCAACGAGACGCUGCCUAAAACUUUCUAAAACAGAGAAAAUAUGAGUUUUUUUAAAAAAGAACAAUCAUUACAGUACCAUCCUUUAUAACGUUUGUAUUAAUUGGUGCCUUUGCAAAUGACCUCAUUUUCUAUGUUUUUGAACUAACUGUGUGGUAUUUAUGACGAGUCGGGUCCGUGCUGUUAAAACGCCGAUCAUGGUUAUUCAGCUUGCAGUGUAGACGAUGGAAAAUUAUUUGUAAAUAAAUGCCUUCUUUCGUGCCGAACUACCUGAAUACGAAUGUGCAUCCAUUAGAUUGAUUGCUGUAAUACAAUAUAAUAGUUUUUUCCACUUUUUGUGUGUUACGUAGCUGUUCUAAUAAUAUCUGAUAUACUGUACCAGCGGUAUGUUUCUAUUGGUUCAACCCUGCAUUUAAAGCGUUUCGUACAAGGAGUUAAAUGUGCUACUGAUUUUUUUUCCCACUGAUAGAUGGGGUUGGGGGAUGCUAUUUUCUUUAUUUAUUUUAUAAAACAACGUCAGUACAAUGUUGUUUUAAUGAAAAGAAAUAUAUUAUUUAAAUAAAUGUUGUUUAAAUGUUAUUAUUGUUACAACUGUAAUCACGAACGCUUGA